AUGCAGACUUCGCAACCAGUGAGCCUUCAGACCCAAAGGAUCCAAGGUCUUUACCUUCUGGACAAUAACGACAGUUCUGGGAUUCCCCACAGUGCUGGAAGUUCAGCCAGUAAUUCUCCCGACCACUAUGAAAGGUUCUCACCUCCGACACACCUGAUGGACCUCAGCAGCCCUCCGGAGCACAGAGAUCUACCUGGAUAUCCAACGCAUCAUCACCAUCAUCAUCACCAUCAAGUGUUGUACCAACAGCCCACCUAUCUGAUGUACGAGAAUCCCGACGAGGAGAAGAGGUACCAGGACCAUCCAAACGGGAAGAUCCUCAGGGAAUUGCAGACCGAUUACGACAGACGUCUACACGACAAUUCUCCAGGAUUUCUGUCCGAUCAUAGCAGAGAUCACGAGCAAAGUCUCUAUCUGACACCGUCUCCUCAGAUGUAUUCCUCUGGUGGCGAAGAAAUGGCGCCUAGACAGCCUCAGCAGGGUUAUCACCAUGUGGAAUCGGUGGAAUACAAGCCGGAAGUGCUGGAGUACAAACCUGAUGUGGACCAGCAGAGGUACAAACAGGUGGAGAUGAGCCAGAUCACAGAGCCGUCUUCCUCGACUAAGAGUUACGUGAUCGAAGGAUCGAGGAACGGUGGGAAGAGAAAGAGGAAGUCCAGCAGCAUCGAGAACGAGUCUGAAACGGAGAGUAACGCAUCCUCGACGAAGAAUAAGGUUAGGAGGAAGAGUGGAGCAACUUUCGAGGAGAUUCAGAAUCAAAGGGUGAUGGCCAAUGUGAGAGAACGACAGAGGACGCAGAGUUUGAACGAGGCGUUUGCCGCAUUGAGGAAGAUCAUACCCACGUUGCCCAGUGACAAGUUGAGCAAGAUCCAGACGCUGAAGCUGGCCACAAGGUACAUCGACUUCCUGUUCCAGGUGUUGCACUGUAACAUGGAGAACACCGAUGGAACUGAGGAUGCUGGUGAACGAAACCCAAGAAGCGCGGUCUUAGCCGCCAGAGAAAUAACUUCGUCGUCGUGCAGUUACAUGGCCCACGAGAAGCUCUCGUACGCCUUCAGCGUGUGGAGGAUGGAGGACGACUGGAACUCGAAUCUCUAG